GGAAGAGCGGGGGAGAGCCGAAGCCACGCUAAGAUCUAGUUCACGCCAACCCAAUCGCGAAAACAAAAAAAAUAUCUCAUCAAUAUGGGCGAGUGGGCGGGAGAGCAUAGCCAUCUUCAUCAUCCUCACAAAUGGCUGAUGGCUGGUGAUGAUGCCGUCAAGACUUGCCCAAGUCGUGCACGCACAGUGCUUUUUCCGGUCAUCAUGCACGCUCUCAGCAGGAGUUCCAUCUUUGGCGCACGCUAGGCAAGAUAAUAAUCUAUUUGCGUGCCGGCCGAGCUGGACUGGUCGCACGAACGAUGCAACCAGGAGCCUGCUGCUGGUUACCACCGUGCCAGCUAGAGACUGCUUAGUUUUACCUGGCGGCGUGCAGUGCAGCGAGUGUCCUCAUACAGGUUACGGUCAAUGCCUGCCAGCCAAACCGCCUGUCUUCCCCCAUGUCGCAGCCUUUAUCGCGACAAUCUACCAAAAAUUGCGCCAGCAGCCAACCCACAUAUCGCGUGCAGCACAUCCCCGCGACGCGGCGUUCAAUGCCAAUGCCAAUGUAAAUGCCAACACCAGCUAUUGCAGUCACCUACACACCUGCUUACUGCCGCCACCACUGCCCCUCCUAAUGCCGUCCCCUGACGAAAUUCAAAAAAGCAACGCAAAAAGGCAAAGAGAAACCUUUGCCUACUACAUACACACCUCCCCUGCAACGCCUCCUGGUUUGGGGAACCUCACGUGAAGUUCGCCAGCGGCAGGCAGGGGCGGUGGAGAUGAUGAUGUGCAUCUGCAUCUGCAGCCCGCGCAUACAUUCUGCGCCCGCAUCCGCAUCCGCAACGCUUGCUGCUGCACUGCACCUCUUCUAGGUUCAGAUUCUCAGCCCUUUCCUUCCCGCGGAGGCUGCCAGGCAAACAGACGACACAAGCACCAAGCAAGUCAAGUCAGGCCAGGAGCUGAGAAUGCUCAUGCAGAAUUUUAACCACAAAAGCCAAGCACCUAACAUGACGAUAAGCA